AUGAGGAGCUCAUUGGCUUUCUUGGCUUUCGUGGCCUCUACUUUUGCUCUGCCUCAAGCCGUCACAGAAGAUAUCCGGCCCAAGAGUGGCCCGCCUAAGGGAUGCAGCGAAUCCUACGAUGGCAGUUUCGAAGUUACGAUCUACAAGAGUGGAAAGUCAAAGCGCGACGUUGAGCCACGAGAAUGCAAUGGAGAGGGUGUCCUGGUCAUGAGCCUCAAGGAUGGUGUCCUGAAGGAUGCACAAGGCCGAACUGGAUACAUUUCCGACAGUUAUCAGUUCCAGUUUGACAAGCCUCCUCAAUCUGGCUCCAUCUUCACCGCUGGCUUCUCUGUCUGCUCCAAUGGAACUCUUGCACUUGGACCUUCAGCUGUCUUCUGGCAAUGUCUGUCGGGCGAUUUCUACAACCUCUAUGACCGUCACUGGGCUGAGCAGUGCUCGCCUGUCGAGUUUGGCAUCAUGCCUUGUGGUAAGGGUUCCAAGGAUGCACCCAAGAAGAGGGUUGUUGGAAGCAGCAUCGUUGCUACGACUGUCGUGACGGUUGUGUCAGACGGAACGACAAAGGAGGUUCCUACGACUAUUGCUGUUCCCAUGUGCCAGAUUGGAGAUGGUCAGGUUCAAGUGCGCACGACACCUUGCGAUGAUAUGAACUUGCCCAUCAUCACUGCUCCUCCAGUCAGCCAGGUCUCAGAUGGCAAGCUUCAAAUUCCUACAGACGCCCCAGCUGCUCCU